AUGAACUUCCAGAACCUCAACUUCGACCAUGUGGAGCGACCUCGUGUAUAUGCCGACCAGCCCAACUUCUACCCGCGAACUCCCUCAAACCAUUCAGAACUCACCGUUCGGCCCUUUGCCGACCAUCUAGGCGACCGCCACUCAGACCAUGCUUCAUCCCGCCCGGCAUCACCAUCACCACAGCCAACCGUUGUCCCGUACGCCCCGACGCCUCCUGACUCUUCUCCCUCCGCGCCCGAGAUCUACGGGCCCGACCGGCUUUUUGGCCCUCCAUUGGUCAUAAGGAAUGAGCUGCUUGAGGAGCUAAGAUUCAAGCCCCAAAUCACUCUCGACCAAAUCAACCAGAUCGCCUUCCAAACGCAGCACAACACCAACAUGGCGAGCUCUGGCUUCAAAGACGAGCUGGCUCUGGCUGCCGGCAAGGUCACUCCCGGCAUUGACGAUACCCCCUUCAUUCAAGACAGGAUCCAGGACGACAGGGCAAAGGUCAACCCCAAGCUCUAUUUUCUACCACGAAUUUUACGACCCGACUCGAUGUUUACGCUAAUGAUAUUAUGCGCCCUCAUGAUUCUCGCACUGAUAUUCUGUGCUGUGUACUCCCAGGUCCAGGAUGGGCUUUGGGCGUACAACGGCACCAUAUAUGGCGGACAGUACUUUGUAUUCCGCAUUCUCCCGGGGCUUCUCGCCUCCAUUAUCCUCCUUUACGCCCAAAAUCUCAUGACGACACAGCUUCGUCUAUGGCCGCUCAUAACCCUUAACUCAAAUCAUCGUGGCAACAACAAGAACGCCCUGUUCAUGGAUCUGUACCUGAGAUCGUUUCUCUGGCCACACAAGAUAGGCAGCUGGAGCAAGUCGAUGCCAUUCAUCGUCACUUGGCUAAUGAACUUCACGCUACCCCUGCAGUCUUGUCUGUUCACGGUCAUUCGAGUCGAUGGCAAAUGGAAGUGGGCAACGACUCAGGGAGUGGCAUGGGUCCUAGUAGCGCUAUAUGGCCUUCUUUUCACGUCAACAUUUAUUCAGCGCAGAGUUUGGCGGAAUCAAAGAACCGGCUUGGCAUGGGAUCCUCGGUCUAUCGCUGAUAUGAUUGCCCUCGUUUCACACAGCAAUACUCUAGCUGAUUACCGGGGUACUGAACUCUUGGGAAAGCGCGAGGACCUACAGAAGGUACUUAGAAAUCGCAACGGUGAUUCGCUAAGCUACUGGGGAUGGCUCGACAACAGACCCGGUUUGUGGUACGGCAUUGGAACUGCCCCAGAGAACUACCCCGGAUAUCGGGUUGAUCGCUCGAGGACAGGACAGGGACUGAAUGAGAAAGAUGGUCAGUUCGGUGAGAAGAUGGGCAAUCCCUGGGACGAAGUCGACCUCGAAGGCGGUCCUCUUACCCCUUCCGUACGAUAUCGGUAUCUGCCAUGGUGCAUGCGAACCAACCAGCUACUGUACUUCGUGGUUGCCGCAUUCGUCCUGCUCGUUGCCCUCUUCGUUAUCUCGUUCUUACCAGCUACACGGGUUACCCGCGGUUUCCUACCAGGACUGUCGGCUGCUCCAGUUGCUGGAGCAUUCUCAUCCGCAGAUUUCCUGUACAGUUUCAUCCCCUCUCUCCUGGGAUUGAUCAUGUUCAUGCUAUUUCAGUCCCUCGACUUGAAUUUACGCAUCCUUCAGCCCUGGGCUGAGCUCGCGGAGCACAGUGACGGCGGCGCAUUGCCGAAGCCGUCAAUUCUGGCUGAUUAUGCGGCAUGCUACCCUCUCCAAAGCACUUACCGAGCCGUGCAGAACCGCCAUUGGAGACUCGCCGCCAUAUCCCUCUUAUCUACCCUCUUUGUCCUGCUUCCAGUGCUAGCAGGCGGCAUCUUCAUGGCGCUCACCGCGCGCGACGGCGUGGUCCGCAUGUUCCCCAACGUGCCGCUCUUCGGCUUCGUCCUCGCGCUGCUCGUGCUCUACUUCCUCGGGCUCGUGGCCAUGCUCCCGGGGCGCCAGGCCUUCCGGCUGCCACACGCCGUGACCUGCCUGGCGGAGAUCAUCAGCUUCUGCUCCAACGAGGAGCUGGCGGCGGACGCGCGCUUCAAGGACAUCCGCAACAAGACGAGCCUCGAGGGCAAGCUCGGCCUCGACAACCGCCCCGGCAUGCAGUCGCGCUGGAUGUUCGGCGUGCGCUCCGGCCGCGACGAGCGCCUCGGCAUCCGCCCGGCCCACCGCUUCACCGAGCAGCCCGCCAUCACGGGCACGCGCAUGAGCAGGCGCGACAAGUACCGCCGCGAGCGGGUCAGUCCGCAGUUUGUGUUUCCCGCCCGCGCAGCGCAGACCGCCUAG